CCACCACAAAUUUAAUUCCCGGACCACCUCACAAACCAGCCCAGACAACUCAACUUGCCUGCGCCUCCUUUGCCAACUGGGGGAAGUGCGAAGACGGAUGAACGAAGGUCGAAGAACGAAGAAGAGUGAAGAGUGAAGACGGAGCUUGCGACGAAGAAUCUGUGAGCUGCGAGCCUGCGAAGAAGAAUCUGUGAGCUGCGAGCCUGCGACGAAGACGCGAACACCAGGCCACCAGCCGCGCCGCCUGCCUCCCUCCACGCGUCCAGGGCCCUGCGUCGGCCGUCCUUCCUCUCCGGACUCCGGCUCUCAGCUCCCCCAUUCCGGCUCUGCCAGUCUGCCUGCGUCCCUGCCUCCAGCAGCCAGCUCGACGCCUCCAUUGCUCCAGCCUCCAGCCUCCAGGAGUCCAGCUUAGGAACAUGACCAUAGAUGAGGAGUCCGGUCAAGAAUUCCAACCCCAAAAGAAGAAACCUCCUUCUGAGGAUGAGAAAAGAAGAAAAAAGAUUGUGCCAGGAAGCUUGAUGAAAGCUGUGGUUAGGCCUGGCGGAGGCGAAUCAAGACCUACCGAGGGUGAUCAGUUAACAUAUCAUUGCACAGUUCGAACAACAGAUGGAGUUACUGUCGAGUCGACAAGGUCACACCUUGGAGGCAAGGGUAUCCCAAUGAGGCAUGUUUUGGGGAAGAGCAAGAUGCUUCUAGGGUUGCUAGAAGGAAUACCCACAAUGUUGAAGGGUGAAGUUGCAGUGUUCAAGAUGAAACCUGAAAUGCACUACAGAGAGGAAGAUUGUCCGGUUUCAGUUUCUGACAGCUUUCCAAAGGAUGCUGAACUUCAUUUUGAGAUUGAAUUGAUAGAAUUCUCUAAAGUCAAGGUUCUCAGUUCUGAUUUGGGAGUUCUGAAGAAGGUUCUAGAAGAAGGGAAGAGUUGGGAAUACCCUAGAGAACCUUAUGAAGUGAAAGCCAGGAUUUCUGCUAAGUCUGGAGAUGGAAGAGUGAUUUUGUCUGAUACUCAGGAUGAACCAUAUUCAUUCACCUUUGGUAAAUCUGAGGUACCAAUAGGUCUUGAAAUGGGAAUAGGAUCAAUGUCACAGGGAGAGAAAGCAGUGGUUUACGUUACACAUCAAUACUUGAAUCAAUCUCCACUGAUACCUACAACAGAAGGCGUUGAGGAAAUUAUUUUUGAGGUGGAGCUUGUCCACUUCAUUCAGGUACGAGAUGUGCUUGGAGAUGGACGCUUAAUCAAACGUCGUAUUCGUGAUGGAAGAGGUGAGUUUCCUAUGGAUUGCCCCCUUCAGGACAGUCUUUUGCGUGUCCACUACAAGGGCAUGCUUCUUAAUGACGAGAAAACAGUCUUUUAUGAUACGAAGUUUGACAACAAUGGUCAACCCUUUGAGUUCAGUUCAGGAGAGGGGCUUGUUCCUGAAGGAUUUGAAAUGUGUGUCCGGCUAAUGGUGCCUGGAGAGGUUGCUCUUGUCACAUGCCCUCCUGAUUAUGCUUAUGAUAAAUUUAAAAGGCCACCUAAUGUUCCUGAAGGCGCCUAUGUCCAAUGGGAAAUUGAGCUUCUAGAUUUUAACACACCAAAGGAUUGGACUGGCUUUGGUUUUAGAGAAAUAAUGGAAGAUGUUGAGAAGAUUAAAAGCACGGGAAACAGGCUCUUCAAGGAAGGAAUGUUUGAACUUGCGAAGGCAAAGUACGAGAAGGUUCUUCGUGAAUUUAAUCACGUUCAUCCUCAAGAUGACGAAGAGGGAAAGGAAUUCUCUGAAACCAGGAACUUGUUGCAUCUUAAUGUUGCUGCCUGCUAUCUGAAAUUGGGAGAGAAUAAAAAGUCCAUAGAAGCAUGCAAUAAGGUGUUAGAUGCAAAUCCUUUUCACGUCAAAGCAUAUUAUAGAAGGGGAAUGGCUUACAUGGCAGCUGGAGAUUUUCAAGAAGCAAGGGAUGAUUUUAACAAGAUGAUGAGCAUUGACAAGUCAUCCGAGUCAACCUCAAGUGCAGCACUUAUGAAAUUAAAAAAAGAAGAGCAGGAAGUGCAUAGGAGAGCUCGUAAGCAAUUUAAAGGAUUAUUUGACAAGAGACCAGGUGAAAUUGCUGAAGCUGAUGCUGGGGACGUAGUUAAAAUUGAAAAGCAUGAAGAGGGCCAUGAAACCAGAAGCUUCCUUUCUGCUGAAGCUGGUAUUGAUCAGGGUGCUGAUAUUCCACCUCGCAUGGGUAUCGUGUCCAAGUGCAGAAAAUUAUUCGAAUCUCUUGGACUAAACAGAUGCACCAUAUUGUGAGUUUUUGGUUUACGCUGUUAACUUUCUCCUGUUAUGACACCAGAUAUAAGCAUGCCACCCACGAGAAGAAAAUUAGGACUCUUUCAUUUAGUACAUCAAUUCCUAAACUCAUGUCUUUAAUGUAUGUACCAUUAUUAUGCUUAUCACUCUUGAAAGAGUUAAUACCAGAUGUAAGUUAGAACUGGCGUCUGUCAGGAAUUGGAUCCAGACCGUGAAAUAAAAGGUUCUUGAAUCACCAGACUAUAAUGUGAUCCUUCAAUUAUAGAUGAGUAUUGGACAACCAGCG